CUGCCAGAUGUGCAGAUGAACAUGUCCAGCCUGCACAUCCGUAUUUCAGAGUAGUGCGGGUUUUGGUGUCGUGUUUUUUUUUCUCAGGUUGCGUAAGUCUGUCUCUGAGCAGAGGGAUGGAAGGAAGCGAAGCGGAUGAGAAUGAGAGCUGCUCGGUGUGGAAACAGUUUCAGGCAAAAGCAAAGCCUCUGCUGAGUCCCAAACUGAGCGGCAGAGAGCCGGACGAUCAGAGCAAACGGAGCAUUUGGAUGUUUAAGAAAACAAGGCGGAAGGAGACCGUGGCUUUGGACCGGGUCAUCUCCUCCUCUCAGCCCGACCUGCUCUUCUCCUCUCAGGAGGUUCCGAUCAGCGGCAGAGCGGCCGGGAGCGGAUCCCUCCUCGGCCGGGAGAAGAUGCACUCUUCCAUCAAGCGCAGGUCCACGGGCGCGUCUAAACCCACGGUGGCUCAGCUGGUUCAGUCCCACCAUAAGAGCUCCUCGCUGGGCUCUGCGUGCCUAGAGAGGCUGGCGGAGCCUCCGAGCGGCAGCCGCGCGGAGGAAGGAGCCACAGCGGAGGAAACACAUCUGGAGGGGAGGGAGGAGGUGCAGGCGGGCAUGGGGGCAUCCUUCUCCUCAGGGACGUCUGCUGAGGCAGCCGCCCCGUCCUCAGGGAUGUAUAAGCUGGAGAUCGAGCUGAAAAGAGGACACAACCUGGCCAUCCGGGACCGAGGAGGCACCAGUGAUCCCUACGUGAAGUUCAAGCUGGCUGGUAAAGAGGUGUUUAGAAGUAAGACCAUCCACAAAAACCUGAACCCGGUGUGGGAUGAGAAGAUAACGCUGGUCGUGGACAGUCUGAGCGACCCUCUGUACGUUAAGGUGUUUGACUAUGACUUUGGUCUUCAAGACGACUUCAUGGGUUCAGCUUUUCUUUACCUGGAGUCUCUAGAACAGCAGAGGACGAUACCUGUGACUUUGGUGCUGAAGGACCAUCAGCUCCCCAAUGAGGACCUGGGCUGCCUGGAGCUGGCAGUAACCCUGACGCCUAAAAACAGCCCCAUAGAGGAGCAGCGAGACCCAGCGCAAGGCGAAGUUAAGACCUAUCGGUGGAAACCUUAUGUAAAUAAAACCAUGCUGCUCAGGAGAUCCUGGAAACGAUCCACGAAGCAGCAGCAGUCAAUGCGUCUCACUGAGGUCCACCGUAAAUCCCAGCUGUGGCGAGGGAUCGUCAGUAUCACGCUAAUCGAAGGUCGUAACCUCACACCCAUGGACCCCAAUGGCCUUAGUGACCCCUACGCCAAGUUCAGGCUGGGACCACAGAAGUACAAAAGCAAGACGAUGGCAAAGACCCUGAGUCCUCAGUGGAGGGAGCAGUUUGACCUUCAUCUGUAUGAAGAAACAGGAGGCGUUCUGGAGAUCACAGUGUGGGACAAAGACACCGGGAGGAGAGACGACUUCAUCGGACGCUGCCAAUUAGACCUCUCCACUCUGGCGAAAGAGAAGACCCAUCACCUGGAGCUGCCGCUGGAGGAGUCCCGUGGCAUCUUGAAUCUACUGGUCACACUGACUGCUUCCGCCGCCGUCUCCAUAGCUGACCUGUCCCUUACGCCGCUGGAGGACCAAGAGGAGCGCAGAGAAAUCCUCAAACGAUAUAGUCUGAGGAAGUCCUUUUUUAAUCUGAAGGACGUGGGUAUUGUCCAGGUGAAGGUGCUGAGAGCAGAAGGACUUAUGGCUGCAGACGUAACGGGUAAGAGUGACCCUUUCUGCGUGCUGGAGCUGAAUAACGACAGACUGCAGACACAUACUAUAUACAAAAAUCUCAACCCUGAGUGGAACAAAGUCUUCACCUUCAAUGUGAAAGAUGUCCACUCAGUCCUUGAGGUGUCAGUGUUUGAUGAAGACAGAGACAGAAGUGCAGACUUCCUGGGAAAAGUAGCCAUUCCUCUACUAAAUGUCCGCAACGGCGUCCAGAAAGCAUACGUGCUGAAAAACAAGGAGCUCACCGGGUCCACGAAAGGAGUCAUCUUCCUGGAAAUCGAAGUCAUCUACAACACUAUAAAGGCUGCUAUAAAGACUGUGGUUCCUGCAGAGCAGAAGUACAUUGAGGAAGAACCAAAAGUUUCUAAACAGUUGCUGCAGCAGAACUUUAACCGAGUGAAGCGGUGCAUCAUGGUCCUCCUCAGCUACGGUACCUACAUCAACACCUGCUUUGAGUGGGAGUCGUCACAAAGGAGCAUCAUUGCAUUUAUUCUGUUUGUGGUGGUGGUGUGGAACUUUGAGCUCUACAUGCUGCCCCUCGGCCUCGUUCUGCUGCUGGUCUGGAACUACUUCUUCUCAUCAAGCAGAGAAAUGUCUGAGGCGUCCAUGGAGACCAUGUUUGAUUGCGAGGAUGAAGAAGAAGACAAAGAAGAAAAGGACUCAGAGCACAAAGGCUUCAUGGAUAAACUCUACGCCAUCCAGGAGGUGUUCAUCAGUGUGCAGAGUGCCCUGGAUGAAGUAGCAUCGUUUGGAGAGAGGUUAAAGAACACCUUUAACUGGACAGUGCCUUUUCUGAGCUCGUUGGCGAUCGCUGCCUUAUGUUUGGCCACAUUUCUGCUCUACCUCAUACCACUACGAUACCUUGUGCUCGCAUGGGGUGUGAAUAAGUUCACCAAAAAGCUUCGCGAUCCAUACAGGAUCGAUAACAACGAGCUUCUUGACUUCCUGUCCAGAGUCCCGUCUGAUGUUCAAAUGAUGCAGUAUUAUGAUCUGAAGAUGGAUCCCGGACAAAGCCCCAACAAACGCAGGAGGACCAACCCGAGCUAGCUCUAAACUGUGUCAAUUUAUUGUAAUUUUAGAUCUGAUUUAUUACCAGUUUCUCUUGUAUAUUUGAUUCAGAUGCAGAGAAAUAUUUUUUUUAUUUUGUUCCUACCAGACUGAAUUAUUUUAUAAGUAUUUGAAAGAAAAUGCAUUUUUUUUUAUCCCAUUUAUCUUUCUGCAUAUAAACAUGUUUAAGUGAUGAAAAAUGAAUUUGUGUUACACGUGCAGUCUGCAUGCAGUGCUGGUGUUGCAUGAACUCUCUAAAAACAUUUCUUUUGAAUUGAAUGUAUUUUCAGCGUGUGACUUUUCUAAAAUCAGAGCUGCAUGCUGUUCUUGCUGCUUAUUAGUCAAAUCCUCCUAGAUCUGCACCGUUCACUUUUAUACUUUAAUUUAGUUUUUCCUCUAAUUCAUGUCAACAAGGCAAAGCAGUGCUAUUGUGUGAAUUUAGCACCAAAUAAAUCUCACUUAUUUUUUCUCAGGAUAACUACUGCUAAAAGAUUUCUCAACUGAAAUGGAUCAUUUUGAAUUAAG